UUAACCAAAUUAUUAAAAUUUUUUUGAACUUUGAAACCACUUCCGCUUAGCGAGCAGGCAGAACAGAAAUAGGUCUUCUUGGCUCGUUGUUUUGUUAUUCCUUAUUUACAUGUUUUCGAAUAUUUGGUGAUAUAAAUGACAGUAUGGGGUCUAGGUCUAGAUCAGCAGGCGUAGAUUCAAGUUCAUACAGAGAUCAACAAUUUAAAGGCUCUCGGAAUGAAUUGGAGAGACUUCUGUCGAAGAGUACCACCCUUUACAUUGGAAAUCUGAGCUUUUAUACAACUGAUUUACAAAUUUAUGAAUUAUUUUCCAAAUGUGGAGACGUCAAAAGAGUUAUUGUUGGAUUAGACAGAUUUAAGAAAACACCUUGUGGGUUUUGUUUUGUAGAAUAUUAUGAACGAGAAGAUGCUGAAGAUGCCAUGAGGUAUGUGAAUGGAACAAAACUUGAUGACAGAAUAAUUAGAACUGAUUGGGACGCUGGCUUUAUUGAAGGAAGACAAUACGGCAGGGGAAGAACCGGAGGGCAA